CAACUAGAGUUAGCUCCAAGUUGAUAAACCCUUAGUGAAGGAGUUAUUAGACCAGCAGGGACCCAGAGACAAUUGGGACUGACAGAGUGUGUCAGAUAUGGAGGAUGAGGAGUGCUGGGUCCAGCUGGAGGAAUACAGACUGCUGCUGAUAAAGACCAUUGAGCCGUCGCAAAUCACUCCCUACCUGCGGCAGUGCAAGGUGCUAAGCUGUGAUGAUGAGGAGCAGAUAUUCAAUGACCCCAAUCUGGUCGUCCGACGACGCAAAGUAGGUGCACUAUUGGAUAUUCUUCAAAGAACUGGACGCAAAGGCUAUGUGGCAUUCCUCGAGAGUUUGGAGCUGGACUAUCCUCAGCUGUAUCACAAGAUUACUGGCAAAGAACCUGCCCGGGUCUUCUCUAUACUAGUUGACACGGUGGGUGAGUCAGGACUGACUCAGUUCUUGAUGAAUGAGGUCACACGUCUGCAGAAGGGACUGCAGGAGGAACGCCGGCGCAGACAAGAGGCCACUGCGGCUGCAGCCGCGCAGGAGGACGCUGUCCGCCAGCACCAGGUUAGGGAGAGGGAGUUGCGGAAGCAACAGGAGCGCGUGCAUCGUAUGCGGGAAGAGAAGGGCCGGCUGUGGGAGGAGGUACGCCACCUGAAGGACGAGAACUACAGCCUGAUGCGCGAUGUUACCAAGCUGAGCGAAGAGAAGAACAGUGCCCUCAUGUCCGCCCGUGAUCUGCAGCUGGAGAUAGAGAAGCUGAAGCACUGCCUGAUGAACGCAGAGAGCGACUCGAAAAUCAGAACUGUGAAACUGAAGAACGCCAUGGAGCAGAGACCGGGUCAGGACAGGAUGUUGCAGCUCCAGAGACACAAUCAUCUGCUCACAGCGCGCAUCCAGGAUCUGGAGGCGUCUGCUCAGGGGACAGCUCCAGCCCCCUUGGAUCAAGAGAGGCUGAGCGUUGAAAGUCUAGAGGACUACAAGCAGCACUCUCAGGCUCAGCACCAGGAGCUGGUCAACAACAUCUACACCCUACGCAGAGAUCUGCACGAUGCUGAGGCACUGCGGAAUAGGUACUUAGAGGCGAACGAGGUUCUUGACUUGAAAUGCACGACAUUGAAGAAGGAUGCCAAAAUGUAUCGUGAUCGAAUGGAGGGUAUCCUGAAACAGAUGGAUGAGGUCAUCAGGGAGAGAGACAAGGCCAUCGCCUCUCGAGAGGAGUACCACCAGGAGAAUUGCCGGAGCCUCCAGGAUAAGGACCAGUACCGGAAACAGAUUCGGGAGCUGGCUAGUAGUGUGGAGCUGCAAAGUCCGACAUUAGGGGAGUAUGAUGUGUGCAUUGCUUCGCAAGACCAACAGUUGUGUGCAGGAGGGCCCAGGGAGGAGAAUAUCUCAGCAGAAAGAGCUCCAUCAGUGGAUGAGGUCUUAGACUGUAGCAAGCCCAGAUUGAGGUGUAACUUCUACUACAGAAGGAAACGUGUCCUUAGGUCAAAGCCCACAUGGAAGGAACACACACCUUGUGACCUGGACAACAGUAGUGGAAGUGGCAACACUGACACGGAUGGGAUGUGACUGAGAGAGGGGGAACAGAGGAGGGGCUGGGUGACGUGGCAAGGACCUUGAGACACAGGCUAGUUUACAUUCUUAAACAAAACAUUUUUAAUUAUGAAAUCAAUUGAAAUAAUCAUUUUGUUGAUAUCAUGAAUAUGUUUAAUCUUUGUAUUUUUCCAAUAAUAGUUUUAUAUUUUGAACCAUGAUUGCAUGAUGAAUGUGUUUCUGUAUUCAAGUUACUUGUACCAGAGACGGUAUCAAAACCUUCCUCUGAUGUCUUUGCUUGUAUCUCUUAAUGUGCAUUUUAGAAGAAAUGCAAAAGCAGAGGAAAGUGGGGGUAAUGAAUGGCAAAGAAAAGUAAAGAUACAAUUUGUAUAGAAAUCUUUGAUAAAGAGGCAUGGUACACACUUGCACUUUGUCCACAACAUGCAGACACUGUUUGGAAUUUAUGCACACAAAAAGUUACAAUCUUUGCAU